AUGACCGACGACAAAGAUGGCAGUGCCACGGCACCGAAAACCAAUAUCGACCCAUCCUCACCCUAUUACGUUCAUCCUUCCGAUUCACCACGGCAGAUGCAAACUAAUGAAUGCCUAUUCGACGUUAAUUAUAGCGAUUGGUCGCAAGAGAUGGCCAAUUUUCUAUUCGCAAAAAACAAGAUGUGGUUCGUUGAUAGAAGCAUUCCAAAACCAACAGAGACGGACGAGAUGUAUGCGGCCUGGAUGAGAUGCGAUGCCAUGAUCAAAUGCUGGUUAAUCACGGCCAUGGAGAAAGACAUUAGAGCAAGUGUAAAGUAUGCUAAAACCGCCAAAGAAACCUGGAACGAUUUGAAGGAAAUGUUCGAAAAGGAAAACGCCCCCAGAGCCUAUGAACUCAAACAAACUCUCACGUUGACGCGACAAGAAGGGGCCUCGAUCUCCACUUAUUAUACCAAGUUGCGAGAUUACUCAACCAUUAGGACUCAAUUACUAGCCAUGAAACCACCACCAACACUAAGAGAAGUGUAUCGGCUCGUCUCGGAAGAUGAACAACAGAGAUCAGUGGCUGCGGGAAUGAAACCGGCCAGAGAAAGUGUUGCUUUUCUUUCGAGCUAUGGACGUGAUACGAAGCAGCAACAGCAGCGAAACAAGUCUGCCAAUUCCAAAGAAACUUGUACUCAUUGUGGGAAAACGGGUCAUGACAAAGGUGGCUGUUUUGAGCUAAAUCGAUGCCAGCAUCUCUUGCUAUCGAUUUUUGUCCCUCGAUCAUCCAUCGAAUGCUUAUUGUUGUUGAAGAUACUGUCGUUUCUAUGA